GACGGGGGUUGGAGCCGCAGUGCCAACGAGAGGGCAACGGAGGGCGGAAGGAACGGAGGGAGGGUAGGGUGGAUCGACACGGCUCAGCUUCUUAGCUGCAAACUACCUCAUAGGUGCCUUAUUUAUUUCCGCUGCUACCUCCACGGGCGCCUUGGAGCUGAGCCGAUUCCAACAGGAACUGUCUGGAAAGAGAAGGGAAAAAAAGGGAGAAGCAGCCAGGAUGCCUGUCUCGUGGGAUGGCUUCUCCUCCUCCUCGCCGCUGGCUCCCAUCCCAGAGCAGAGGGAGAACCCUCCGGCCUUCUGGGACCAAGGGGCAUCCGGACGCCGCACCACCCGCCUAGAGAGCUCCGACUGCGAGUCCCUUGACAGCAGCUUGAGCUCGGAAGCAGAUGCUCAAGAAUAUCAGGAUGAAGUGUCCUUGCCUGACUUUGACUUGCUCAAUGACCCCGAGGAUGAACUCCUCUGUGCCAAUCUCAUGAAGCUCAUCCAAGUCAGUCUGAACAAAGCCAAGAUCAAUGCCAACCGCGCUUCCCGGCUCCUAAUGCCCAGCCAGCUGGUCGCCCAGGUGGGCAAGGAGCUGCUCCAUUUGGCUUACCGGGAGCCCUGUGGCUUGCGGGGGGCCCUCAUCGACCUGUGUGUGGAGCAAGGGAAGGGCUGCCAUAGCGUGGGGCAGAUUGCAGUGGACCCUAGCUUAGUGCCUACCUUCCAGUUGACGCUGGUUCUCAGACUGGAUUCCCGCCUGUGGCCGAAAAUCCAGGGACUCUUUAGCUCCGGUUCCGCUUUCUCUCCGGGCUUCAGCCAAUCCCUGAAGCUCAGCACGGGCUUCAGGGUCAUUAAAAAGAAGCUUUAUAGCUCGGAACAGUUGCUCAUAGAAGAGUGUUGAGAUUCUCACCCUGUUUUUGUGUUGUUUUCCUGGUGGAUUAACUGAGCGUUUCCUCUAAAGGUGGUGGUAGUAAAGGCCAGCACCAGGCAAAGCUGGAGAAGGCCUCUUUAACUUUAAAAGGGCUAUGGAACAUAAGCUGUUUUUUCAAGAGGUGGCUACUUACUCCCUGGAGCCAUUGUAGGUUAGAUUAGAUGGAAGUUUGAUUUGCAGAGGUAGUUGGCAAAGGUAGUCCAAAGAGGAGGCUGGGGAUGAGGUGUGAAAAACAACAAAAAAGCACUCUGCUUCUUAGCUAAUGCUGACAGAAAACAAACCCCAUAUUUGAAUAGGCCUGGAUGCAGUGGGCUAGCUUUAAAAAAGAAUCCUCAUCUGAUUGUGGGGCAACUUUCUCUUUACUUGAUUUAGCAGUAUUUUUUUCUCUUAUUUCUCCUGACAUAGCAGCAGGGCUGCCACUAAGGGUAGAUGAAGGUAUCCCUUUCUUUGUUUGUUCUUGUUCAGAUUUUUUUUUUAAAAAAAGGAAAAACAGUAGUUAGUGAUCAAUGGAUGUCUGGUGAAAGUUGAGGUGUGUGAACUGUGGUUUGUAAAAGUGUUAAGGUCUAAGGGGACCAAGAAUGUGUAACCUCAUUUUUUAAAAAGAUAGAUGUGAAGAAGCUCUGUUACUGACACUUCUGGGCAGCUAAAAAAUGACUUCUGGCUGGAAAGGGGAGGGGGGGCAGUUUAAUCCACCAAGCACGGCUACUACAUAACUCCGUUUGUUUGAAUGAUACCAGUUUUUGGAGGCAGCAGGGCACUUGGUGGAUUGUGCCCUGUGGGGAUCCUGGUGUUGUAUGUCCCAAAAAGGAGGGUGUGAGGGGAUGCUGGGGAGCGGGUGGGGGGCAGGAUCCCUCACGGUUGACCUGUGUAGUGCUUCCAUUGGUUACCAUUCACAUGGAAUACACUUGAUGUUCAAGUUUGUGAAGACUUCCUAUGCAACUUGGGUUUUUUACUUUUCUAAUAAAAAUGUUUCUAAUAACA